GUCAUCGAUGUAGAUGGCAUGCUGUUUAGUUAUCGACGAACUUGUCAGAACCUUGGAAUAGCGACUAUCUCUUCAGUGGAGCGUCAAAUAGAACGGCUGCCUCGUGCUUGUUGUUCUCGACAGGAGGUGUUUUCGGUGAAGGGUGAACGGAUAUCUGCUGCACAGAUGGAAGCACUAGAGGAAAUUUUUCGACGUGUACAAUUUGACGCUCUUGAUUUCGAAUACACCUUUCUGGAUGAUGACGCAGCCAUUGCAUUGAGCGAGAUGCUCGAGUUUUACGAAUCCGCUCAUAAACUUAAUCUUUCUUUCAAUAAACAGAUAACGGUUCGUGGAUGGACGGAUGUCUUCAAAAGUACUUCGCUACAUAUGUUAAAUCUUCGGUAUACUUCGCUCUCGGAGAAGUCGUUGUCCGCUCUAUGUCGUGUGCUUCGAGGAACACCUCAACCUGUGUUGGGUUGUCUUCACUUGGAGAACGUAAACCUGUACGGAAAAAAUCUGUACAGUCUUGUCUGUGCUUUAAAGUACAAUACUGUGCUCAAGGAACUCUACCUAGGUGAGAAUACUCUUCAAAGUGGUGACGGCGCUCAUCUUUAUCAGUUGAUCAUGAAUAACACUGCUAUUCAGAUGCUUGACUUGCGGAACAAUAACUUAGGGGACGCUGGUAUCGCUAAAAUCUGCGAAGCAUUACGUAAUCCAGACGUAGUGAAGAAGACAUCACUGACCGCUCUCGUCCUUUGGAAUAACAAAAUCACUGCAAAUGGGAUGGAUGCCGUAGCAGCAGCAUUGUGCGAGAAUUCUCAUCUGGAAACGCUCAACAUUGGAAGCAAUCCGCUCGGUGAGAUGGGCGUUCAAAGAUUAAGACCUGCUCUCGGAGGAAACGUCAGCAACUUGCACAGAAUAGGUCUUCAAAGCACUCAGAUGAACUGUCAGAGUGCGAUUCUUCUGGCGGAAUGUCUUGCAGAUAAUUCGACGUUAAUUCGGGUGGACCUUCGGGAUAAUCCUGGAAUAGGGUCUGCCGGCCUACUGGCUCUUCACUCAGCAAUGAAAAUUAACCGGUCGAUUUCACUGCUCAAUUUGGAUCAGAGCUGUAUUCUUGCUUCGAAUGAAGAUUUUCGUCGCUACUACGAGGACAUAAAGCAUUAUUGCGAACGGAAUAAGGGCGCCGUUCAACAGAAAAUAGAAAGCGGGACAGCUGAUGCGAACAUUCCGAGUAGAACGGGAAGUGAAGAACCUAUGAAAGAAGUGGAGAAACAGCCUGAUCAGGCUAUACCAGGUAAGUUACUGUAA